AUGGCCUCCUCCGCUACCAUCCAGUCCUCCGUCCAUCCAACCAGCGACCCAUCCAUCUAUCAAGAAUACGAGUCCAAAUGGUCAAUUCUCCCCGCAGACUCAGCCAACUGGCUCCAACGCGCCAAAGACGUAGCCGCCGUUCUUGCCCCGGACGCCGCCGCCCGUGAAAAAGCCAACAAGACCCCCCGCGCCCAAGUGGCUCUCCUUAAACACUCCGGCCUGCUCAAGAUCCUUGGUCCGAAGGAGUACGGCGGCGGUGAACAGCCAUGGAGCAUGGCGUACCAGGCUAUAAGGGAAGUGGCCAAGGGUGACGGGUCAAUAGGCAUGCUCCUAGGCUACCACCUCCUCUGGGCCUUUUCCGUUUCCAUCCUCGGCAGCCCCUCGCAAAUCGCCAAAUGGACCAAACUCAUCACUUCCCAAAACCUCUUUGUGGGAGGCGCCGUCAACCCGCGCGAUAGUGAUCUGGUCAUCACCUCUGACCCUUCCGAUAAAACCAAGAUCAUCUUCAACGGGGGUAAACACUUCACCACCGGCGCGGCCGUUUCAGAUUUGAUCGUGCUCGAAGGCGCCCUCUCCCCCGAAUCCUUCCCUGAGUCUGGACCAGGAGGGGCGCACAUCUUCGCCUACGUGCCCACCACCCACCCCGGCAUUUCCUUCUCCUUCAACUGGGACGCCAUCGGCCUGCGACUGACGGAGUCCGGGUCGGCGCAGAUUUCCAACGUUUCCGUCGACUGGGAGGACGCUCUAGGCUGGGACGCCACCACCAAGUCUCCCUUGGAAAACGUUCUGGGAAUCCCCUACGCCACCUUGUUGCUUCCUACCAUCCAGCUGGUCUUUACCAAUUUCUACCUCGGCAUCACCCAGGCAGCUCUCGACGCCGCAGCAGGUUACACGCGCAAGAGCACACGUCCGUGGCCUUACUUGUCCGGGGGCGAGCGCGAAACCGUUGCCCCUGCCGAAAAGGCCACGGAUGAGUUUUAUAUCUUAUCGACGUACGGUACGCACCACGCCCAUUUGUUGGCUGCUACGGCGUUGGUUGAUCGGGCUAAUGAGGCCGUUUCGGAGCUUUUUGCGGCGUAUAAUCAGAAAAAGGGGAGUCGGGCGGAAUUGACGGCGCAGCAAAGGGGCGAGGUCAGCGAGCUGAUUGCGGCUGCCAAGAUUGUGGUGACGGAUGUUGGGCUGAAGGUAACUAGCGAUGUGUUUGAGGUUACCGGGUCGCGGGCGACGGCGAGUAAAGUGGGCUUGGAUAGGUUCUGGCGGGAUUUGAGGACGCAUACGCUGCAUGAUCCGGUGGCGUAUAAGCGGAGGGAGGUUGGGCGGUAUGUGUUGUUGGGAGAGAUUCCGACGCCUACUUGGUAUACGUAA